GUAUUACUAUCCACUAUCUGUAUCUGCAUAUUAUUAUGUGCAUAUUACUCUGCAUAUUCCCUUGCCGACGCUAUGAAACCCUCGGGCACUAUGAAUGAGCGGUCGGGCUAUUGUCGCCAAGCAUUUUCCGAACCUUCGCUGGAUUUUUGUCUCGGGGCAUGCACUGUCACUUGAUCGAAAUGGAAGCGUAACCAUAGGUCUACAUCAUGCUGCUGUGGAUAUUAUCUUCCAUUCUUUUACUGAUUCCUCCUGGCUUUACGAAAGAGCUCUCGGACACCGCAAAACCCAACAAAACAUGUAAGCCAGUUCCCAAUACAAUUCGGCCAUCGUAUAACAAACCAGAGAUUUCCCAGUUCAUUAUCGGACACACCUGGUAUCCGUACCUGCUGUAUGACAGCAAAAACGACACCAACCCCUUUUUCCUCAAUGCAGAAAUCCACUACGAAAGCCUUGGCCGCGGCAAUGAGCCGACGCGGAAUUCGCCGGCGGACAUUGUCAUUCAGGAGGAAACGUACUUUGAUGUCAACGGGACAUGCAGUGACCUUUUGGAGAUUUCCUGGUUGACAAACGACGGACGCCAGAUAGGACCCGUGUUUGAUGUCACAUCAAAUAACACCCUUAGCGUCAACUCUUUCGAUGAUUCGGUGUUGUGGAAAACCGACCUGAAGACCUUUAUCAUGUUCCACAACUGUGACACUCGGAAUUCAGUAACCGGAAACUGCGACAGAGUAUUCAUCUAUGUCCAUACGACAUCAAAACCCCACAUGCUGACCGACGCUACCAAGCAGACAGUGACCACCGCCGUUGAAAAAGUGCUGCAACCAUACUGUCUCGGUCUAACCCAUUUUUCGGUGUAUAAAUGGGAUGACAACCUGGAAGUGUGUCCGCCAAGUGACCCCGAGAACCAUCCGGAUGCUUUUAAGAUCUUUGUCGACAAUUAUAAAUUACUGGCCGAGAAACCGGCUUAAAUUCUGGGGCCUAAUGCAAAAGGUCGUGUUGAAUUUUCGAGGGUAAACGAUCCUAAGUUCUUGACACUUGUGUAAUCUGUACUGCCUUCCGAGAGUUCAGUAUAAAAGUUAUACUAGCGAUUCUGAUAACUAUUGACUGAUGGUGCAUGAUGUCAAAAUUGCAAA